AUGAACAAAAACACGCAAGCGACGGUUAACGAGCUUAUUGCGGGAAGUGUUGGUGGUGCUGCUCAAGUGCUUGUUGGGCAACCAUUGGACACUAUCAAGACGCGUGCACAGGUCGCUCCUAAGGGUAUGUUCAAAGGACCUAUGGACGUAUUCACGCAGACAAUACGGAAGGAGGGAUUUUUUGCUUUGUACAAGGGCAUGGCCAGCCCCCUCCUCGGAAUCGCAGGCGUCAACUCCCUCCUAUUCGCCUCCUACGGCAUCUCCAAACGGAUAAUCUCACCGUACCCUUUAUCGCUGAAAGAAAUAGCUGUGGCAGGCGCUAUGGCCGGAGCUGCGAAUGCCAUUCUCGCGAGUCCAGUGGAGAUGUUCAAGGUCCGAAUGCAAGGCCAAUAUGGCGCCAAGACGGAUAAGAGGCUGAGGGUUGUGGCCAGGGAUAUGUGGAGAGAGUGGGGGUUCAGGAAGGGUGUGAUGAGGGGGUAUUGGGUAACGGUGGCUAGAGAGAUUCCAGCAUACGCAGGGUUUUACACCGCUUUUGAGUUUUCGAAACGGAAAUUCGGCGAGACGUAUGGGAGUGACCUGCCAGUGUGGGCCCUCCUGGCCAGUGGGUCCACGGGCGGGAUCGCGUAUUGGCUUUCGUGUUAUCCGUUAGACGUUAUCAAAUCCCGUGUCCAGCUUCGCGCAACGCCGCCCACUGGGACGCCGGUACAAUAUAUUGCCAGAGAAGUCAAGACCAUAGUGGCUGAGUCGGGAUUUGCUGGGCUUUUCCGUGGAUUGUCACCAUCUCUUCUCCGAAGUAUACCUGCGGCUGCGAGCACUUUUGCUGCGUUUGAGUUGACACGAGAAUACUUGGAGACGGUUACGGGAGUGUAG